GGGCCCCGCGCUCGCCGUCCCCCGCCCCUGGCCACAGCACUUUAUAGGACACGCACUUCCUGCAAGGCCUCUUGUGUGCAUCUUGGCCCAGCGGAGCCUACUCGAGCGAGCCCAGAGCUUUCAAGCUGUUCGAGAUGGUGGACGAGCUUGUGUUACUGCUGCACGCCCUGCUGGUGAGGCACCGCGCCCUGAGCAUCGAGAACAGCCAGCUCAUGGAACAGCUGCGGCUGCUGGUUUGCGAGAGGGCCAGCCUGCUGCGCCAGGUACGUCCGCCGAGCUGCCCGGUGCCCUUCCCUGAAACGUUUAACGGCGAGAGCUCCCGGCUCCCCGAGUUUAUUGUGCAGACGGCGUCUUACAUGCUCGUGAACGAGAACCGGUUCUGCAACGACGCCAUGAAGGUGGCAUUCCUAAUCAGCCUCCUGACCGGGGAAGCCGAGGAGUGGGUGGUGCCCUACAUCGAGAUGGAUAGCCCCAUCCUAGGCGAUUACCGGGCCUUCCUGGAUGAGAUGAAGCAGUGUUUCGGCUGGGACGAUGACGAAGACGACGACGACGACUAUGAAGAGGAUGAUUACUAGGCCCCGAGCCGCUGGGGGCCUUUGAGGGGAGAGCCCUGCACGCAGCCACUUCUCCCUCUCCUCCACCCCCACCCCCUCCCACCCGACCCCUGGAGCUGCUGCACUCCCCCUUGCCUUCCUGUUCUCCCCUCCCCAACCCCCGAAGUGCUUGUCUUUGUUCCAGGAGUAGUGCUCCAGAUACCUGCUGCUGGGGCUGGGCAGGGGCCUCACCCUGAAGCCGGUUGUCAUCUGAUUUGCCUAGCCCCAGGACCUCUCCCCAGCUCAUCUGAACUGUGUCAUAAGCCCCAGUUAUAGGCCAGGCCCCUGCUACAAACUGCUCAGAUCACCCUGCUGCUGCCACCUGCCUCGCUGCCAGGCCUACACCUGCACAGAGACUCAUGCUACCACUUCGCCAUCGCCCACUGCAAGCCUCUGACAGAUCAUCGCCUUUAGAGACAAGGACCAACACAGAAGACUUCUGACCUGGCUACACCUUUUCGGACAUUGAUUUGGACAGCUCAUUGGCCCCUGAAGGGGCUGUUUUUCAACCUGGUUAGUUCCCUACCUACUCCUAGGGUCCCAGCCUGAGUGCUGCGGGGACCUGGUGUGCCUGGCAACCAAAUUGUUGAUAUCUCUUUUCUCUAAUGCACAACUGUCGUUUUUCUUUCAUAAUUGCAGCAGCCCCACUGAUGUGUGUGGUUGAACAAAUGUUUCUAAAAACAAAGCAAACAAAAAGCAAAAAUGCACUCAGCCCAGCUCCUCAAUACUACCUGGAAAAAAAAAGUUGGCAUUAUUUUCAAUAAAUAUCAAGCACUACAAAAA